UAAAACUUAUACCUAAUUUUAAAUGUACUUAAACUAAUUGAUUUAUGGUAUAUUCCUUGAAAAACGGUUAACAAAGGUAAUAAAAGUGUGAACGAAAAAUCAAUUACUAAGUAUUCACAGGCGCAAUUUGGAUUGACACGUUUUGUAUAGUACACUUAAUUAUAACUUUUGGCUUUUCGGGCCUCGGAAAUCCCAAACAUAAAACGAGAACAAAAAUGUACACAUUAAAAAGUAUAUUUUAAAAACUUAUAAAUUAACAAACAUGAUAUUAUACAAAAGAAAAGAAAAUAUUUAAAAUUUAAAAAAAAAUUUUAAUGACAUUAAUAAGCAAACUACGAAGUACCCUCAAAUAUUCCGUGAACUUCAAAGUAUCCCCAAAUAUCCUUUGUUUAAUAUAUUAUCCCGUACACAAAUUAUCCAAAUUUAAAAUAUUUGCAUAGAUUUACUAGAUAGUUACACCUAAAUGUUAUUUUGUGUGCAUAGAUAAUAAUGUUGUAAUCAAUUUGUUAUUCAGUGAAUCAAGUUUAAAUUUAUGUUGAUAUUCGUUAAAACGCGCGAAUAAUAUUGGAAUAUUAUACAAUUUUCAAUUUCAAUUUCUCAAUACAUAUUAUGUUUAACCAAACUUGGCUUAGAAUCAAUUUCCGUUUGUAACGAUUUAUCGUUGCGUACAGAUGUAAAUUAAUCACCUUCCCGAAUAGUGGGCCUGCGGAACCCUGAGAAUAGGAUUACUUUGGAUAGUGAAUAUUUGAAUGAGAAUUAUUUUAUUGAGGGUGUGAUAUUUUUAGAGGAAACCGGUCAUCGCAUAUUAAAUUAAGCCAUAAGCCCAAAAUAUAAAAUAAAUUUUGAUCUUUAUUCAAUUACCUAACAUUUAUACCCGAAAGCACUUACCAUUUUUCCAAAUUGCGUCUGCGGCUUUAUUUCCCGCAGCCGAUGAAUGUUUUGCGUAUUAUAUUACUACUAUUAUUAUUGUUAUUAUCAAAUAUAUUUUAGUUGCAUUUUUUUUAUUUUUUUUUUUUUUGUCAAGUACUUGUCCUAAUUGGUUUUUCUUCGUUUGUGUUUAAAUUAUGUUUCAGUGAGUUUUGUUGCUUCAUUCUAUUGGGUUUCUUCUUUGGUGGUUGCAUGCAGACAACAUUUUUUUAUUUUAUUUUAAUUCCACAUAAUAUAAGUAACAUAAUAUUUAAGGUCGAGUCACAGCUAUGCAUCGGAGUAUUUUUUAACGCAGCUCUAACUUAUAUUCUCAACAUAUUCUAAAAUAAUAAUUAUUUUGUAAAUAACGACGGAAAAAAAUAUAUUAUUAUGUACCUGUAAAUAAACUAUUUAUUACGGAAUUAUGUGUUUUGUAACAUUAAAACUUUCUUAUUACGGCGGUAUACAUCCUUUAUAGUUUUAAUGAAAAAAACCUGUUUUUAACUGUUUAAUUGAUAAUUAAUGGACAAACUUUAAAAUAAACAGCGGAUUAUUUAUUAAAAAAACAAAAAAAAAAAAACAUAUUUAUUUAGACCUCUCCAUCUUGUCCUUUAAACGAUUUCCGUCCGACGAAGUGGCUCAGUGAUGUUAGGAUUUGUUUGUGCAACGAAAGACGACCGACGAUCGACUGCGGAACGAAAACAAAACGGUAUAACAUCGAAAUGAUUUUUCAAAUUUUUUUUAUAAUUACGUAAAUACUAAUAAUUUUGUAUUGCCCACGUGUAACCAUGGAAAAUAUCGCAAUAAAAAAACUACCAACCACGACUGUGUAAAAUUAAUUGCACAUAUGGUGUGUUUAAUAUAGGCCUGCACGAUAGUCAUUCGUAAUAUUCGGUAAUCUAUUGUUUUGAAAUAAUCGAUUAUAUUAGAUUAAUCGCUAGUAUUUAUCGGUGGUUUGAUACUAAUGUUGAUAAUCGAUAGUUUUGGUUCUUUCUAACGAAGUGUUGUUGUUGAAAUGACGGUAAUAUCAUAGUAUUGUCAUAUAUGUAAAAAAAAUAUUAUUAAUGUUAUCGGUGUUAUCAAUAUGUCACAGUCGAUUAUCGAUACUAUUGUGUAGUAAUACAAAAAAAGAGUAAAUAAGGGGGGGGACAAUAAUAUGAUAAUAAAAAAAAUAAUGUGUAAAAUGAACGUGGUGGGUUACUUUGAUACCUAUGUUAAAUCUGGUAUUUGAAUCACUACCUUCUUCCUGCUGUUCGGAGGGAUACGGGGUCUUGAGUCCCAGAAUAAUGACGAUACCAAUAAAUUGAAACUAUAAUUAUUUUACCUGCCUACGGUAAUUGAACGCUAGGGUUAUACAUCGUAGGUGUCCUCACGUGAUCCCAGGACUGCUGGGCGGCAGUGACAACUCAAUUGAAACAGGAUAAUUUAACUAAUUAACACUUUCCACCUGUAUGCUCUCAGAUACGAAUGUUAAAGUUUAAACUAGGAUAGAGAAAGGGUUGAAAAACUAAAAUAAAUAUAAAAAAAAAAUUGAACACAAUUGCAACAUAAAUAAUAACUUUGAAAUUCGGACACUUUUUCAAAACGAACGCUUUGGUGUACACUAGCUGUACACUAAUGUACACUUUAGGCUAAGACGAGCAGACCGAAUAUUAACAGAUUGUACGCGCGAGCGACGAACGAUGUGAAACAUUUUCGAAUCGGAUCAAAUAUCGAAUAUAUAAACGUUUAUCGCGGAUGUAAUUUACGAGGGUGAAUUUCUGAAAAAAAAAACUCAACUCUCCGAAGUUGUAUUCAUCUGUGAUUUUUUCAUAGAAAUUUAUUUAGAUUUUUAUUCAUAUUAGAUUUACUACAUUGUGUAGAUUGACCUCAAUGCAAUAAUAUGCAAAGGUACCUACGUUUAAAGAGUAGGCAUACUUUUCUUUUUUCAUUCUUUAAAUAUUGGUAUUGAUAAAGCGAGAGUAAGAGAGUAAACGAGUGUUUUUGUGUGUAUUUGUCUUGGCUGUUUGAGCACACCAAUAGUUUAAAGCAAAUUUGGUUUUUACGAUGUAAAUGAUAAAUAAUGUAAACUAUUUUUUUUUUCUGCUACGCGAUAGACGUUUUUAAAUGUAAAUGUAAAAUAAUAUAACAAAAAUAUUAUUGAAGUCGUCUAAGACUUAACAUUUACGUUUUUAAUUGUAUACAUUAUUGUAUAGUUGAAACUGCUGAAGGGGUAAUGAAAUCACGUUUCGCAAAAAUAAACGUUUGUAAAAUUAUUAAACGUCACAUUUUCAUUUACGACUAUGUAGUCUCAAAUAUCGAAUUGAAUCACGAAUAUUCUCAGACCUUUUUCGUUAUUAAAAAUGUGACUAAUUAUUGUGUAUAAUUACCUUGGUAUGAAUUGUUUGUUAUAUGUACGAUAAAACCAAUGAUGAUUUCGAUCGUAUUGCAAAUGGAUAUGCCGUAUCAAUCAUAUUGCUGAAACAAAAAUAUAAACCAUUUAAUAAUUUAUAUAAUAAACUAUUUGAUAAAUCUUCAAUUUUAGUAAAAUACCGAGUACCUUUUUUUGUAUUUAAAAGUACGUAGAGCGAUUAACACAAAAAGAAGAUAGGGAAUAGGGUACAAUAGCCAUGGAUUUAUGUUACUGAAAUUUUUUUUUAUAAAAUACAAACAUUUUAUUUUAUUUAACUAUAGUCUAAAUUUUUUUUUUUUGCCAUUAAUAUCUCUUAUAUCUGAGGAUCGAAAAAAUAAAAUGAGUAACGAAAAAAAUGCAAUAUAAAAAUAUAACAAAUUCCCGUUGUGAUGCGAUAUGUGCAGGAAACACCCAGUGCAGGUUUCCCUAUUGACGUAUUAUUUCUUGAGGUGAAAACUAACGAAGUGACAUGUCCUCAAAUACACAUUUGGACAUUUCGACGUUGAACAUUUACAAACAAAAAAUUAAAAUUCAUAAUUUUCGUAUCGUAAACUAUUAUUUGUAAUUACUCGCUGAUAUAAACCUCAAGAUCAGUAAUAUGCUUUAUGGCCUGCUAUAAGACAUAUUAAUAUGUCUUACGUUUUUCUCAAAAGGAGGAAUUUGUUUAACAAAGUUUUGAGCUUAAAUAAAUAUCUGUCAACGGCAUCAAUCUAACUCAGGGGUCUCCAACCCAACCUAACCAUUUUGAACCGGCCUGCUUAGUUAAGUAAUGUAUUAUGUGAGUUUAAAUUAAAUAUUGUAAUAGGUUAUGAUAUUUUCUUUUUUUUUGCUGGUUUUGUACUGCGAUGACGAAGCGUAUCGGCUUGUCGUAAAAAAAAAAGAUGAGAAAUCCCUUAUAUGACUUUUUCUAUCGAGAUAUUUUAAUUAUCAACGAAUAUUUAACAUUUAAUUUUUAACUAAGUUAUUAACUUUUAAAUUAAGUCGUGUAACGUGGAGGGGGCCCUUUAAAAAAUUGAUUUAAUUCCAAGUUUUUUCGUCUAAGAAGGCCAAUAAAGCAAAUUUACGUUGUAAUAGUUUUUAUAAAAAGUCGAGCAUUAAUAUGAGAUUAAAAAAAACCAAAAUAAAUUGAUUAAUUUAGGUGCACGUAAAAAGAAAAUAUCGUAGAAAUAAUAAAAAUUCGCUUAUUUUAUAUUUGUUUUUACAAAUUAUGACGUUAUAUCACGCCCGGUGUGUAUAAUAUUUCAAUAUUAUUGUACAUAUAUUUUCGCAUUUCGUUACCACGGUUACUGAACGCUUUGUUGAUUGUAUACAAAUAUUUUAUUUAGAACCUAUCUAUUAUGUGAACGCACGAUUGUGACCUUAUAGUGAAAAAUAAUCAUCAUAAAACCUGAAGUAAAAAAAACCUAGUGAAAUAAUUGCAAUAGAAAUUCACUCGGGUUUAUAGUAUGUACACAAAACAAUAUUAUAUAGAGUCACUAAGAUAAUUUAUGACGUGCCGUCUCUUUAAAAUGUCUUAUCGUUUUCACUCGUGUUUUCUUUAUUAGUUGCAAUUUGUUCGUGGAACGUUUUCUAUGUAUAUCCGAUUUAAUAAUAAAAAAAAAAAUGUGUGUAACUUUAACUUACUUUUCUGCGUGCCACGCGUUUAUACUCGAAAUGCGAACAACGAUUUGCUGUGGUAAAUCGUUAAAGUAAUCAGUCAAUGUAAUUGUUUCUUGUUCCGUUCCGACGUUUAAAAUAACGACGAAGGUCUCGUGACCUUCCAAUUUUCUGUCAACGAAAAAAAAACGAUUUUCACGUUUAACAUAGGUAACUAUUACUAUUUUUAAAAACAAAAAUACAAUUUAUUAUCCACCGUGAUGACAAUAUCUUCCAUAAUGUUAAAAAAUGCAAAACUAAAAAAUAAUCAAAAAAUAAUCUAUUUACCUUGUAAAAACCAACACCCAAUCUGUAACAGAGAACAUCUUGAGAUCUCCCAAAGCUAUUGUCGGCAACGAUCGGAGUUGCACUAGCGUUUUGUACGUCUGAUAAUGACUUCUAUUACAAGCCUUUUGGAAAGCCAUAUUGAGAUACCAAUGGUUGCUGUUUACCGGUAGCCACGUGAAUUUUGACACCGAAAACCCUUAAAUGCGAAAAAUGCGUUUAGAGUUUAAUCAUCAGCAGUGUUGUGUUUCAUCUACAUGGGUGGGUAACUUGUACUUAUAUAUUCUGUAUAUCUUUCAUCUCAUCUCGACACCUAGAUAAAUCUUUUCAAAUUGUGAUUUAUAAAUUUAUUAGGCAUUAGGUAUUUAAUUUAUAUUAUUAUGGUUUAGUAAAUUAAUUUUUAAGUUUUAUUAAUUGCACAAUAUUAUUGAAAUCUAGACAUUUACCAAAUCAGGUACACUUAGCUUAUAUUGUAUAUAGCUUUAUGCUAUGGAAAUGGGCAAAAUUAUUAUUAUUUUUUUAAUCUAUAUAAAAAAAAACUGCUAAUUAUUUAUCUUAAUUUAGAUAAUUUAAUUGUUAUAUAUUCUUUACCUUUACCUAGAUAAUUUAUUUUAGCAAUUAUCUUUCAUCGUAAUCUAGAUAUUUUACAGUUUAUCUGUAUUAUAGAUAAUAACUAAUAACACUAGUCACCAGUAUACCAUGUUGGGUAUUAGAUAUAUAUAUUCAGUUACGAGUAUAUAUUUACCGCCGUUUUGUAAAUCGUUCCAGUGAAACGGAGUCCUGAACGGAUCUCUGGAAUUGAUCUCGUAUUUUGUUAUACCUCCAGCUCUACCCCAGGGAUCGACGGUCUGAUCCCAUCUGAUGAUACCGUCGUCCAUGCCGAUUUCCUCACCGUUGUAGGUGACUGCCGUGCCCGGCAACAUCAUCAACAACGUGUUAAUCGGAUCGACCAUGUCUUGACCGAACCGCGAAGCCACACGUUUGUUGUCAUGAUUGCCCACCUAUAAUUUACGUAUAAUAGUUAAAUAAUACGUAAAAUAGUUAUUGUUUUAGGGAAAUUACAAAAAAGUGGGCAGACAAAUUUUUUUCAAUGUAAAAGAAAAAAUUGAAUUUUUCUGCAAAAACCUGCUUUUUUCGCUAUUUCAUUCCAAUAUUAAUUUUUUGGGGAGCUUUUACAUUUACCAUAAUUCCCUUAUUUUCCAAAAUUAAUUUGGAAAUCUUGAGCUGUAUAAUAUUUAGCCACUUAUUAUAUCAUGUGUACCUAUAUCACAGUCGUGGAUUCAAUGUAGAUACUUAUUUAUGUACUCACCACCCAGUUGGCCCAUUGUCCGUGAGGCAUGUUGUCCAACCACAAGUUAACCACAUUUAUUAUGUCGUUUGCCGAAGACGUUUUAUUCAAAUAAGAGAUAAAAUUAAAGUUGAACGGCAUGUGCGCUCUGGGUUUAUCGUGGCUGUAGUACAUCAUAGUAUACUCGAUACUCGCGUACGCUUCGGUCAACAUAAGUCUACAUAAAAUUAAUCGGUAAGUUUUCGCAAAAAUGUAUAAUUGUUGGCUUUUAACCAUUUAUAGACAAAUAGUUAAUGUAUACUUAAUUACAUACUAUUAUGACUUCCAGAAAUAACACCAAAAUUGUACGACUGCAUAUGGUUAGGCUUUAAGGUUAAGCAUUUUUGACAUAGGAUGGGAUAAAAUCAUAGAUUUUGUAUAUAAAUAUAUAGUCGGAGUAUAUCUCUGAUAUACAGUCAGCUAGGAAUGCGCUGCAUAUUUGGUACCGUAUGUCGUACGAUCGUAAUGAUUUUGGUAGCUAAUAAUAAAAUCCCCAAAGUGCCACUAGGCGAAACCGCAACACAUUCCCCGGAUCCCCACAUCCCGUCUAAGUCUAUGAGUACAAAAGAUGAGGGUUUACACGUUUAAAAUUAACAUAUUUACUGUACAUGUAGGUGUAUAAUAUUAAAUUAUUAGGUACCUAUAUGUGUUAUAAAUGGGGCGUUUUACGAUUAGGUAAUUGAUUUGUUGUUUUGACUCCAGCAUUAAAGAUAUUUAAAUUAACUUAAAUGGAUAGGCUUUUUUUUUUUUUUUUUUGUUUAUGUCUCGAGAUAAGCUUUGAUGUAUUUAUAAUAAAUACAAACAUUUGCAUACAAUUUAUCAAAUUUUAGAGUUUCGUCAUUCUGAAUAACCUAUGCGAAAUUUAAAACUUAAGGGUUUUAAAAAUAAUUUGAUAUGAUUUUUACACGACAUGCAGUCCGUGUUGGAAAUGUUUUUUCAAAAAAAAACAUUUCGCCUGCUAUGGACGACUCGUAAAACCAACAUUGUAUGUGUGGAGUAUAAUAAUAUAAAAUUAUAAUUUAGUGUCCUUGGUGUAGUGAUAUUUUUUUAUACGAAUAAUAGUGGAGAUAUUUUUGUACCUACCUAAUAAUUAAAAGUGAUAAUAAUUACAAUCGGUAAUUUUGUAAUGUCAUGAUUUUGUUUUAUAAUUAUAUACUGGGUAAAUAUUUUUUUGGCGUUAAUAUUGAAAGCCAAACGGUAUAAUUCAACAGUUUUCCGUACCUCGUGUUUCCGUCUCGGUUUGUGUAUUCGUCCAAUACUGCUCUAAACUCUUCGACGAUUUUGUACGUGCCCAUUUGGUCUCUAGUAUAUUUGUGAUCGAGCAAAAAAUAUGUGUGAUUGUCGUCAAUGGUGUUCACACUGAUAAGCGGUUCGUCUUUAAACGAAGUGUCUUCGAUGAUAAACGGUAGAGCGUCGACGCGGAAUCCGUCGACGCCGAUGUCCAGCCAAAACCUGAGUACGUUCUUUUGGAACAAAAUAUUCAUAUUAGGUAAUAAUAUUGGUACGUGUAAAUAUACAGAAUUCACCAGAAAGGGGAAAAGUCAAUUUUGGACGACAUUCUCGGUUAAUACGUCUAUUUUGUAGGAAAUUUCAUACAUGGUCCAAUGGUAGUAGGUAACACUGUAGUUUUCAUAUUAUUAUUCGUUAUCAAGUUAUUUUAUCAUGCGGUUAAGGAUUAGUUAUGUCCCGUAACAUAAGUGAAUGGUGACAAGUAAAAUUAUGAAAUAUGAAAUAAGGCGUAGUGUUACUAAUUUUAAACGAUAAAUAUAUAAGUCAUUAAAACGAUUGAUAACAAUUAUUUAAGUUCCUAAUUAAUUUUUUAAAAAAUGCAUAAAGUUAUAAAUAGCCCAUAUAUUUUAAAAUUAAAUUAAAUUAAAAGCAUUUGAAAAGAUUUUAUGUUUUUCUUUUCUUAAAAGUAGUUGUUUAUGAAUAAUCUCCCUUUACAUAAACUCCGUAUAUAUUAUGAUUUGGCAAGUGAUUGUCGUCAAUGGUGUUCGCACUGAUAAGCGGUUCGUCUUUAAACGAAACGUCUUCGAUGAUAAACGGUAGAUCGUUUCAUUUAAAUAUGCACUAAAAAGCAUUAAAAUGUGGCAUAUAAUAUGCAAAUAAAACGAUAAAAACAUGCGAAAAAUACGCGGUAGAAAAAAAAUAUUAUAAUUUAAUUCAAAAUUUCAGUAGGUAAUGGUGCCAAAAAGUAAAACAAAAAUAAUUAUUAAUAUCCGACAAAUAUAUUUUUUUCACAAUGAUGUUUAUUUAUUUAAUUUUUUCUGUGAACUCUACCAGAAAUUUUACUUCGGUUUUCAACUGUAGCACUUGUUUUGAAAGGCAAUUUUACAAUGGUGGUACUUUAGAAAGGUAAUUUUUUGUUUUUCUCGGGAGUAUUCAUAAUAAAUGGGAAAAACGAGAAAAUGUACGUAAUGUAUCUUUUUCAAAUCGUAAAUACCUAUAGGCCUUUUAAACCAUAUACAACCGAACUCUGCUUAGAGUUAGCUUGUAACUUUGUUAGCAAUGAAUAAUUAUCGUGUGCAGAUAAACAUUAAGUUUACCCUUCUAGUUUACCCAUCGUUCGAAGUAUGUCCGUUUUUUUUUUUAUUGUUUAUUAUUAAAUGUGAUUUUUUUAUUUUUUGGGAAAUCUCGUCCAAAAUUUCCAGGUCUAUUCUUUUGGCGUUGGUGCAUAGUUUUCAUUGAAAUAAUAUAAUAAAUGUGCAAAUAUGUAAAUAUAAUUGUGUAAAAUAAAACUUCUCUAAUUAAUUCUAGUUGGCAUCUAUGGAUUGCUCUAAUUUUGAUAUUUGUAAACAAAUAAAAAUUAAUUACCUUCAUCUCUUCCAGUAGAGCCGGUGAAUUGAAGUUUAAAUCCGGUUGUUUAGUCGUAAAUUGGUGAAGGUAGUAUUGUCCCCUUUGAGCUGACCAUUCCCAUGCACUCCCAUCGAAAUAAUUUCGCUUAAAAAUGCAAAACAAUCGGUAUGAAAAAAGAUGUCGUGAAAGAAAUCAUAAGUAAAAACAUGAGAACAACUAAAUUAAUGGCCAGUGGUUAUGGCCAAGUAUUGAGAACUGUACUUCCAAGAAAUUUCAUAUAUAAUCGAAUCUACUUCGUUUACUGUGUUCUACCUAAUGUAAACUGUCUUGUAAAUUUUGACGAAUUUUAUAAACUUAAGAAUACAUAUUUUCGAUUAAAUUAUUUCUACUGGUUUAGUAAAGAAUUUAUCAUUCGUGAAAACUACACGGAUAUAUCUGAACAUUUUUUAAAUUAAUAUUAUUAAGGUUGAUAUUAUUUUAUUUACCCAGUUAUUCGGAGGAACUUUAUUGCCGUUUUCGUCAACUUUCCCGUCUAGCCAGACGUAAUAAUCGGUGUAAGGAUCGAUUUUUUGGAUCGAUUUAACAAACCACUCGUGUUCGUCGCUUGAAUGGUUGGGCACAAAAUCCAAUAAAACACGGACUCCUGGCAUUACGAAAAACAACAGUUAUGUUACUAGUAAGUAGUAUUUUCAUGUAAGAGUGUUUAUGACGAGUGUACAUAUGAAAUAAGAAAUUUCAUGUUAGAGACCGUGUUAUUCGAAACCCACGUAAAUUCACGAGUACCUACAAGUGAAAAGUUAAAUACAAGUGAAUUUACGUGUCACGUGAAAUACGUGAAUAUCCAUGUAUCCGUGCACUCGUGUAUCUGUAUACAAAUACACAAAUACAAGUAUACACGGGUACAAGAAAACACGUGUUCUAUUAAGACCUCAAUAGCUUCAACGUUUAAUUUUAGGUAAUCGAAUAAAUUAUAUACCGAGCGAUUUAAGUUUCUUUUGUAAUGACACGAAAUCGUCCAUUGUGCCGUACGUGCUGUCGAUGUUCGUAAAAUCUGAAACAUCGUAGCCGAAAUCGGCCAUAGGUGAUUGGAAUAUCGGCGACAACCAUAUGGCUCCGAUGCCGGUUUCGUUGAAAUGACCGGCCAUUUCUUCUAUACCUAUAAACACACAAAUCGUAAACGUGAUCGAGUUAGUUUAAUGCUCUAUUUUUGAAAACAUUGAUUUUCUAAAUGUGUGUUUUGUUAAAAUUAAAUACAAAACAAAUGACAAUCGUUGGCGUUUUUAAUGAAUUUUAAUAUAAUAAAAUUUAAACUAAACUCUGAAAAAUAUAUGAACUUUAUAAGCGAACCCUAUUAUACGAGUUUAACACUACCUCAUUUUCUAUUUCUAUCUAUUUCGAAUUCCUAGUCCGAGAGAGCAUUAUAAGAAAAUGGAAAACUCAUAUAAUAUUCUUUCAACGUUACCUUUCAGAUCUCCUAUGCCGUCACCGUCGCUGUCUUUGAACGAUCUCGGGUACACUUGAUAAAUGACACUGGUCUGCCACCAAUCCAAUUUUCCGAUAUCUAAACGGAUAGAUGGGUAAUAAAUAGUCAACGUUAGGCGCAUUAGGAAAAAAAAACAUAUUUUAAAAACAAAUUAAUUGCUUACCAAUCGCAUUUUCACCGAAAGCGAUCGACACUAGACCGAUGACAAUAAAACACUGCAAACGAUGAGACGUCAUCGUUCGGCGGUGCGAAUUUCGUCUGACGACCGGCGAGCGGAUUUUCGCACAUUUAUAGGGCCGAAUAAUUAUUUUUGCAACACGUGCAAAAUAAUUAUGGCCUUGACGCUUGUUAUAAUAAUAUGAAUGCGUUAUAAAUUUUUGGUAUAUUAAUAAUUAUUAUUUCUCGAUUGUUAUCCUAAUAUAAUAUAAUAAUAAUAUAUUAUAGACGAUUGUAAAUGACGAAAAGUAAACGGCGAUGGCGCGUGAUAAAAUUUGACGUGAGUCAAGUGUUGACACUGUAUAUAAUGAUACGUUCAAACUGUAAUUAAAAUUAUAGGUUGGUCGACGGUAGAAAAUAAACAUAGGACGAUAAAUAUAACCUAAGACACUAAUUGUCUUAGAAAGUAUUAACUUUUUCAAAAUUUAUUUUCUAGAACAUUUAAGAAAUGGAUAUUUCCGAAAUGUUACACAACCUUUUUCAUGAGUAGGAUAUGUGAGUGAAAGAUUUUAAGAAGAAGAUUUAUGAAAUCGUAAUCUUCAAAUUUGUUGAAAAUAUUAAAAUAUUAAUUUUUAUUUUUUACCGAAACUUACAAGUUUAAUUAAAAUACGAGUAAGUGCGUGUAAUCUUUAUCCCGUGAGUCAUAUAAAAAAAGAAAAAAAAACAGAAUUUGAUUAUCUCUAUUAUCUCGAGAGUUGUUGCAUUGAGUCUUCGCGGAACAAACCGCAUAUUAAUGGUAUUUUUAAUGAAGAUCAUUAUUUGAAAAUUAAAAGUAAAUAGUCGUUUUACCCUCAAAUAAUAGAGAGGAAAAAAAUAACAGUUAUGUAAAAUUGUAGAGCUGCUUGUUUCUAAAAUGUUCUAAAAAUUAAAUUCUGAAAGAAAGUUAGCACUUUCCAAGAUAAUGACACUGUAUAUUUAUUAGACCUUUUUUGAUUUUUAACUUUUUAAUUUUUUAUUCGAGUUAACUAGAAAUUGCUUCCUUGUAGUCUCAAACCUAUCCCAAGAAAAAAAAAAAAAUUUAGACCUUUCUUAUCGCAUAUUAAUUUUUUUAUAUAAAUAACAUAGAAUAAUAAUGAUCUUUCAAUUAAAUCACAUUUACUCAUUCAGUUCUAAAGUUACGAGGUUGCAUGUACGUAAGUCUUUUAUUAAAGAUCACAAAAAAUACAUACAUUUCACUCGGAAUCAAGUGAAAUAAUUGUACUGUUAUAAGAAUAUUUAUUUCUAGAAACCCAUAGAAAUUCUCAGAUUUUUUUUUUUAUUUUCAAUUCAUUAUAGUCUAUGAAACUAAUCUAUAAACAAGUACCAUUGGCCGUGUCAUUUCAUAAUUUAAAAAAUGAACCUUAUUUAGAUAUUUUUGGUUAAAAAGUGGCUGAGUUAUAAAGCUUUAUAAUAUGAAUAAAAAAGUUAUAAAAAGCUCAGUUUGUAUAGAAUUCUACAAAUUAACUAUUCUUAUAUAAGUACAUUUUUACUAAAUUCCAAGGGAAUUUUAUGUAUUUUUUUUUGUGAUUUUUAAGAAAAGACUAUGCGUCCAACCUCGUAACUUUCGAACCUAAUGAGUAAAUGUGAUUUAAUUGAAAGAAUCGUUAGUUUUCUAUGUUAUUUAAAUGGAAAAACUAAAUAUGCGAUGAUUGCGAUGAGCGAGUUCUAAAAUUUCUUUUUGGGCGUAAAUAUUUUUGGUUGAGUUUGACAAGGAAGCAAUAUCCAGUCAUAAUUCGAAAAAAAAAUAAAAAGUUUAAAAAUUAAAACAGCCUAAUAUUUACAGAUCAAACGCAUAAAUAAUAGUGGUAUGUUUUUCAUACAUGACUAUUUAUAAAUAUUAUAUAUAUAUCGUAUUUUUGCGGGUCAAUAUUCUGUUGGUAAUUUUGUUGUGGUGUCGGUGUUAUAUAUUUCUUUACGAUUACAUAGUAUAUCGUGUUUUAAUGCUCGAGAGUUGUUAUCAAUAUUGCGUGUUUGGAUUUUAUUUGGAUUAAAAAAAAACUUACAAGGGCUCGUCAAGGACAAUCGAUCCUUCAAAAGUAAUUACAUUAGGCGGAAAUUACAUUAUUUGAUGAGUUAUUCAUAGAAAUAAUAUUAUGACACCUAUUACAGCGAAAUAUUGAGAGUUUUUUUUACCUAUAUGAUCAUUUACAUAACUGAUUAUCGGUGGAAAUUAUAGGGUAACGUGUAGAUCCCCUCUUGGACUUAACACAACAGUUUAAAGCAGUUCAAACGUUUACAGUAAUUUUGAUGUUACGUGAAUAACUUGUUUACCUAUUGCUUUUUGCCGUAUAUACUAUACUAGCUAUCCCACGCCCGGCGUUGCCCGUGCCAAUUAGUAUUAUUAUUAUUAUUUUACCCGUAUUCAAUUUUGGUUUUGGCCGUGUUAAAAUUGAAUGAAAACAAAGAAGUGGAAAGUGGAUAGACCACCUUCAGCGGACUAAAUGUGUUCUAUGCUGAAAUUUGAAUAGUGUAAAUAAUACACUUUUCUGUAAUACCAAGGUAACCGUUGGAUAAACUAAAAUAAGUAAAUAAAUAAGCAAUUAGAUAUUCAUACCAAAUGUACCUAAAAACUUAAAACUCCCUAUUUUACCCCAUUAAGGGUUGAAUUUUCAAAAAUCCUUUCUUAUCGGAUGCCUCCGUCAUAACAGUUAUCUGCGUGUCAAAUUUCAGCCCGACCCGUUCAAUGGUUUGGGCUAGGCGAUGAUGAAUCAGUUAGUCAGGAAAUGUUAUUUUAUAUAUAUAUAUAUAUAUAGAUAGAUUGUAAAUUCGUCUAUUUUUAUGAUAAAAAUAAAUAAUAAUAAAUUAAAUACAUACUCGAAAUAAAGAUACGUUAUCUAAUUUUGCCAUUUUUAAUGUCGUUAUAUGCUCUUUGGUUACAAAUUGGCAAAAAAUGAACUUAUAAAACAAAACGUUCAAUCACAUAGGAGUGCGCAGAUUUCCGAUCAGGUGCAGCAUAUAUUUCUAUUUUCGUCAUACACAUUAUUUUAAGGAACAUUUUUAACAGAUCCUUAGCAAAUCGGUACAUUGUGUAUUUUUCAAGCCCAAAACAAGUAUUUGAUUAAUAGACAAGUAGUCUUGAUUCUAUCAUUGGCGUCAUUAGUAUUGGUUUAACAUUUUCGUUUUGAAGAAAUCGUAUAUUUUUAAAUUAUUAUUUUAGAUUCGGAGCGUAGCGAGGAAUGUAUUGGUUCCACAAUGAUGUUUAUAUAUUUAUUUUAUUGUUUUAUCCACGAACAAAUUUUCUACCAGAAAUCGAUUUCCAAGUGAAGUACUUUUUCUGAAAUAGGGUAAUAAAUAGGUUGGAAAACAAAAUGUCUGAAAAUAAUUUAACGGAAUAUAGACUGUACAACGGAUGACAAACCUAUCGAGGAAUAUUAAUUACAUGGGAAAUAAAAUUACGGAACCCGAUAAACUCGAUUUAAAGGCUAAAAAUCUGAUAUUCUUAUUGUUAUUGUAUGCAAAAUGUUUUCCGAUAUUUUGUUGUCGUAUAAUUUAUUUUCCUGUUGUUUUGCUCGGACAAUAAUGAUAAUGUUUCGGAAUUAAAAGAAAAUUAUUCUUCCAGUUUUUCUAAGUUCGGUAUGGUCGUAUAUGAUUAGUGGAGAUUCCAUUUUGACAUACCUAUAGGUAUUAUAAGAUAACGCUUUGAUUUGAUUUAUCACGACAAAAUUGACUAUAACCGUAUGCCCGUAUGCAUGACGGGCAUAUAACUGGUUUAAUACAGAUUUAAGUGUAAUAACGCAGAGAGGUCGGAAUCAGGAAAUAACGUGAAAAUACCUUUAAAGAUAAUCGUGAAAUCCCGACUAUUAAACGAGUAAGCCAAUUUAUAAUAUGUUAAUCGAUUGCGAUGACGUUUUUGUAGGAGUUGUAUUGAAAUUGUAUACUUCACUCACAUUAGUACGAGGGUUUUCAUUCACACUUCGUUGAGGAAUUACGAAUACUUCUUUUUCAUACGGAUAUUCGAAUUGUGCUCGAAAUCAUUAUAAACCUUAAAAAAUUCAUUGUUCCGCAUUUGCAACAUUAUAUUUCUAUUUGCGAUAGUUUAUCGUAUUAUAAUCUUACGAUAACAACGAGGUUGCGAGCAGCGUUAUAACUGUGCACAAUGAUUUCGAUUAUUAUUAUUAUUUUUUUUUUGUUAACGAUCAAGUACAGUGACAUUGCACACUACGGUCAAAUACAGCAUAAUAUUGAAAUUCUUCUGGGUGUUGAUGAAUUAUUAUAAUAUGGAUUAUUAUUGCGAUAAUGACAGUGCAAUAAUUCGUCUAGAAAAAAUUCAAACAUUGAAAACGUCGUCUAAUAAUAUAUUAUAUUAUUCAAUAAUAAAAUAGCAGUUUUCUAUUUUAAUGUUACUCAUCUAUUUUAUGAAUUACCUCUUAUAAAUUAUAAUAUAGUGAUUGGGAUACUGUAAUUCCGCAUUUAUACUUUCCUUUCCAGCCCUACAAUCACUUUCGUCUAUCUAAUUUAACCUAUGUCGCAUUUAACGUAGGGCUAACUAUAAGUAAAAAAUAUAAGGUCUAAAGCAUACGGAAAGGAUGGAGAAGAAAGAGUGUACCAUAAGGGUAUAUAAUUUUGUUUUGUUAAAUUGUAACUGUGAUUAAAUAAAAUAUAAUUAAAUAAAUAUAAUUAAAUAUUAAAUAAAUAUAAUUAUAAUAUACAUCCUUGGUAUACCGAGAUUUUUCUAAAACUCAUUAAAUAUAGCGAAAUAGGUAUUCGAAAUAAUCACCACUUUAAACUUACAGUUACAUCCCCCUCCCUCAGACAAAUUUAUAUGCACUUACCCCUUAAAUAAAAAUGUUUACGAUGGAAAUUCCGGAGGGGAAGUAUAUUUUUUAAAACGUUUUUUUGAUUCUAAGUAUUGGGUCAACUAUGAUGGCUAAUUUUUUUUCUUUCUGUCUGUAGAUAAUUUUUAACAGAAAUCUUGCUCCGAUGUAUCAAGUGAAGCACUUUUUUUGAAAAAAAAUUUUUAUCUUCUUGGUACUUUAGGGAGGACAUUUUUUGAGUUUCUAAACUGCUUAGUGUUUUUCAUAAUAAUCUGAAAAAACUACGGAAAAACGGGAAAAUUUACGAAAAUAAUGUUUAUAUGAUUUUCAAUUUUGUUUUUUAUUGUAAUUCAGUUAAAUACAUUCAUAGAGACUCGAAAUUUGGACAGAAAACUUAUAUUUGCUUUUCUAGACGUAUUAAUAUUUUCUAAAUAUGUACGCCAUUUAUAAACUAUUUAUAGACAUUUAAAUUUUGCAAGUAUUUUACGUAAUUUUUAUUCGAUAGGUACUGUGUAGAUAAAGUUGUUAGACUUAAAAGAAGUAUUUUUUCUUUUAUACAAAUUUUAAUAUCAAAUUUUGACGAAAAUCAUAAACAUUACGGCCUUUUAAAACAUAUUCUAUAACCGAUUUCCGCGCCGAAUCGGCUUUCGUUAGCAAUGAUUUAUCGUUUCGUACAGAUAUAAAUUAGAUUCCCCUUCAUAUCCUACCUUUCUACUUUUUCCUCUACAAUACUGGCCCACUCUUCGUGCGAAGUAUGUUCGUUCUUUAGAUAUCUAUGAUUAAAAAUUGUACUCGAGGUUCAUCAUAAGAAGUACUUAGUAAUCAAAAAAAAAGAAAAAGUUGAGCUUAAUGUAAUAGUUUUUUAUAUAAGUAAAUUUUAACAAAGAUCAUAAAAAUAAUGCAAUAUUUUAAGUGUAUUAUAAGUGAAUAUAAUUUUUUGAAAAAAUCACUCAAAAUCGUAUUUGGUAACCAUUGAUUUAUUGUUGUGUAACAGAUAUAAAUUGAAUUACUUUAUGUACUCUACCUUCCCAAAUUCUCACCUAUAACAGUGACAUGCCUAUCAGCAGUAUCAAUUAUUCAGUUUUCUUGUUGUAAUUCUGUUCAAGUAUAGUCGUAGAGCCUUGAACAUUUUCAAAAUAUUUUAGUAGUUUUUGAGUCAUUUGAAGUUUUUGAGUUUUUGUUUCGUUUCGUGUGGAUAAUAUUGUUUUACUAAGUGUAAAUAUUUGAAAAUAUAAUACAAUGAUUAAUCAUAAGUUAUAGUAUUUAGUGGUAAAAAACUUAAAUGUAAUUUAAAUUACGUCUAAAAUGAGCUGGCUGGGACACGUAUGGAGAUCGAGUAGGAUAAUGAAAGACGCAUUGAACUGAAAACAUGAUGGGAAGAUACUACAGGGUUGACUGGAGAAACGGGGGAUAAACGAACCCAACCAGAGCUUCCGGAUACUUGCGUUUUUUAAUCCGGAGGAAUUGGUAAAUGAUAGAAAGAAAAGGAGGAGGCGGUGUGUAUUAGUAAUGGACUUUAACGACCUAUAAAAGCUGAAGAAAAAGAAGUAAUUAAGGUUUUUUUUAAACAUUUUAAAUUUAAACAUCCUAACUCCUAACUUAAUUUUUGUUCAUUUUUAAAUUACUACAAAUUUUUUAAUAACGCACGUUUUUGACAUUAUCAUACAUGUUAAAUUCAUAACCUCAAAAAUAUCUAACCGGCAGUGCUUUUUAAACUGUGGUAAACAUUUAAAGUUAUAUACUUUAUGUCCAGCGUAAGAAAUUUAAUUCCAGACUCCAUCUGUUAAAGCCACUCCUUCGUUCCAACCUAACCAUACCCAUCAAAAUCAUUUUUUACAAAACUCUUCUUUAACUAAUCUGGACAUAUGGUAUAGUAAUCUAGGGCUCUGCCAAAAACUCAAAUAAAAGAACCAUACAAGUAUUCUAAAAUAUUUGUCUGCGGUUAAUCUUAGGUGCACCUUGAUUCAUCUCAAACGAGACUUUAAAUUCCGACCAUAAAUUAUCUUCCAUAAACGAAACUGUUGCUAUCUACUAUAAACGCUUCCACGUCAAACUACUAGAUAUUCCAAAUCAAAUAAUCAACGAGUUAGCUUUACUAACACUUCCUGGAAACCCUAAUAGACGCCUCAAAAAGAAACUGGUGCCAGGACUAUAAAACUUAAGAACUAAUAACUUAAAAAUAUUACAAGAUGUCAUAAAUGUGUGAUUUCCUCUUUAUGUUUAUAUAAAUGUCAACUGUCUGUACAUUAUUAAUAUUACUUAUUGUACAUUCUGUAUUUCAAAUAAAGUUUUAAAAAAAAAAAAAAAACUUCCUGUCCAAAUCAGCGAAACUAUUCCAGUUACUUGAUUGGGGAAAGUAUUUUGGCCUUUUCUUCCGGUUAUACGGUUGUAAUACGGUCGUAACACGCUGAUAAAAUAUUUGAUGGGUAACGUAUUAUAUUAUCAUGUCAAAAUUGAUAAAAUCCAGCGAUAAUACUAUCAGUUAUUACGUUAGUAAUUAUACUAUUAUUAUUACGCAUUGUUACUUAUGUUUAUUUUAGUAACUGCCAACGGUGAAAGUUUCUUCGGACAGGAAGAAAGAUCGGGAAUCAAUCGGGAAUAAUAAUAACAGUGUCCGAUUAUUGACGUUACGUUUGGAUUUCGAGGUAAUAUGUUAUUACAAUGAUAUUUUGUUAAUUGAAAUACCCAAAGUAGUACGUGCCUAAACAGUAUUUACGUAAUACUUGGACUACUAUCGACCGAAUGAAAAGUCGUCCGGAGUACAUUAAUAACUAUUAUAAUAUAGCGUUUGUAUUAAUUCUAUCAGGUUUGGCACGUAUAAUACAUAAAUGCAUAAUUGGUGUAUUAUUCGUAUGAUACACGGGACGUUCGUCUAUAUUUUAUACUGUAUGUAUGUAUGUAUGUUAUUUUUAUACCAAUAUGAUAUUGGUACGGCGAGACGCGAGACUGAUUUAUGCACUUAUUUGUUUCUAUUGUAACCUAGGUAAUUUUAAAAUGAAUACAAAUAAUACAAACAGAACUAUUUGUUCUAACUUAUGUGUUUAACUAUGAGUUAAACAUGUUUUAAUAAGUGAUAAACAUUGACGUUCGAAACGUUCAGUUAUUAACUAAUUAAGUAAUAUUUAAUGUUAUUAGUUAUUGCAUUAAUACUCAAUAAUGUUCAGGCUUCUAAACAAAUUUCAAAAUAAUAUUUUUAGAUUAAUUAUUUUUAUCCGGUUAGUUUACAGGCUAGUAGUAUAGUAGACAGCGGUCAAUACUAGUAUUCAUAAUCGCAAUAAAAACACGUGUUUACAUCUCUAUGACUUAUAAGUAAAGAUCGGAUUUACUCUUAAAACACUUAAAAUAUGAUGCUAAUAUUUUCUAGAAAAACCUUAAAAUGUUCUCAUUAUUAUAUUUUCUUAAAAGUUGGAAAAAUAUGCAAAAAUAACCAAUGAACAUCGAUACACGCUUUAAUGUAUAAGUUUUUUUUUACAACAUAAAUAAUUAGUGAGACUUACAUAUUAAAUAUAAAAAUAGUGCACUUAUGUAAGAGUAGGAAUAUAAUAUAAAUACAACCAUAUGGGUAAUUUAAUUUAAAAACCUAAAAAUCACGCUACACGUGAUUGGAAAAGUGCAAAACAAUAUAUUUGGACAUUUGAAUAGUUGAUAAUACUUAAUGAUAAACAAAUAUGUUGAUAUUAUUUCAAAGAGUAUUACUUUAUAUAUUAUUCUCAGUAUGAAAAUAACUUCCAGCACCGCAACUUAGCCACCAUGUUUAGUGAACGGUAACUUAUAAAAGAUAAGUACUAACACUGAACCUUUUUGUCAAAGAAAUACAACAAAAAAAAUUGUAAAUGUUCAAAAUAUAUUUAACCAGGUACCUACCAUAUUAUUAAGAUAAAUAUUUUUUUUACAAUUUAAAAUAUAUGCCAAAUAAGCAAUAUAGGCUAAUUGUUUCUUAACCUAUUCCUAUUCCCUUUUUCCUACGAACUCAAAAUUGAACGAAUCGUCAACAAUUUUUAGUCUCAUAAUUCUGCAUAAACUCAGUAACGAUACGUAAAAACAUAUAAACCCAGUCAUUACUUAUAAAUAUAGGUAUAGAAAAAAUGUCGGUUCAAAACACAUCAGGUGUUUUUCAUAAAAAAAUUAAAUGCCUUAACAAUAUUUAUACGUAUAAUAAAUGUACAAAAAAAUAUAUAAUAUAAACGCGUAUUAGUCUUAUACACGUUAAUGUAUACAACGUUUAUACAUAAAUUUGGCCGACCUUGAUUUCCAUCAAGCGCUCACUGAGGACGGGCUUACAUUUAAAGUGAAAACUCAACCGAGAAAAUUACGGCAAAACGCCGUGCUGAUGCAGUCUAUAGUGAUAAGUGAUGAAAAAAAAUACCUGUCCGACCUCGAAUAUAAAAUACGGGACAAUUAGUUUAAAUGGUUUCCUAAUGAACGGUGUAAUUGACCAGUAGGUAGUUACUAUUUACAAUACUAUAUUUUUUUUUCAGUCUAUGGACACGUUUUCUCCAAGUAAACUUGCAUCGAUUUUUAUGUAUAGUAACUUCUCUGAAAGCUCAAAUUGUUUAGAUAGUAAUUUAAAGAGGUCAUUUUUUUAAAUAAAAGCACGUAAGUGAGUAAAAACGUACAAUUUCACGAUUUUGUUAUUUUUUGAAAAAUCAAAUAUACUAUAAAUCAUUUAAUAAAAUGCGUCAAUGUAAAACGAUUACUUCUAUGCAAAUUUCCUGUACUAACUUUACAGAAACUUUCUUGGGAUAUUAUUAAUCUAGUUUGUGCAUUAAAGGGGUUUUGUAUCCGGUUCAGUUAAAAAUUCUCAAUUUACUUCAAUUUUCCGCGACUUCAAGCCACAAAAUCUCACCAUCUGCUCUGUUUGAAUUUAAUUGCAUUUCUUUCAAAAUGCCUGUACUCUACUGUUUGUCAAUUUUUAAAUAAUCCACAUGAUAAUAUAUUGUUUUCCUUGUGAUAUUAGAAUUUUUUCGGGAUUACAUUUAGGACUUAAUUUUAUGUUUAACGUAUAAAAUAGUUAUUUACGUUUAUUCGGACAAAUAUUUAUUUCUUUUGACCGGUCAGUUUUUGCACUUUACGUUGCGUCUAUAGAUUAUUAAAUAUCGUCCAUCUUUUAAAUUCUAUUUGAAUCUUUUCUCCAGAGCGUCCUGUUUGUUUAGUUAAUAUGUAAAUAUUAUAAAAUAUGUCUCGCGUUUAGAUCACUGUCUGGAGCGGAGACGUAUUUGGUGGUCAUGAACGUGGGUACCGACGAAGAACGUGUUGACCAGUCCGGUUUAUCGACUGUAAACGAACAACAAACGUGGAUAGUACACACGCCCAGUAUAAAUUCACAAUAUUCCUUAGGGUGAGAUGAUAUAUUAAUAAAAUAACUGGAUAAUAGAUUUUAGACCAGAAAUUUUAGAUUUUAGAUUUGAUAGUUAGCUAUAGUUUUUGUGUUUAUAAAAAAAAGUACUUUUAAUUAAUUGUUUUGUUUAAAAUAUCAUUUGAAUUAUAAUAUAUCUAUAAAAAGUAUAAGGCAUAAAUAAUUCAAAAUCCGACCUUAUUUAUUAUCUAAAUUACGUAUUUAAAAUAAUUAUCGGAUUUCGAUUUUCUACUGUUUUGAACAUCUGUCUUAUUUUUUCUAUUAUUAGAUUAUAUAUUCUAUAAUAUAAAAAAGAAAUCUGAAGAAUUUGUUUAUGUUUUUUUUUUUUAACAUCACUUGAAGCAUCACUGGACGUAUAAGUCAAAUUAAAAAAUUGUUUUUGAAUUGUUUCAUGAGUUUUGUCAUAGACAAGACACUUUUAUUAUUAUAAACCCCUCAACCGAUUUUUAAAAUGUUUUCAAAAAUUCCUUAUGUUAUCGCGAUAGUCAGAAGCUAAUCAUUUUUUAAUGCUCUACAUUUUUACAAUUUAAAAUGCCGAACUUUGGUGUGAUAGGGACUGACAUAGAGAUUGGUAAUCACGAUUUAAUUGUUGUUUAAAUUUGUUUAUUGUUAUUAACACGGUCAAGGUGUUUAGGCGCAGCUAGUUAUAAUACAUAAAAUAUUAACAUUUGCUUUUUUUUAGAAACACUCUGAACUCGAGCGGUUUCACAAUGAGGCCUAUUCGGCAUUGGUGUUGACCAAUCAAAAUCUUCAUGAGAAUUUAUCGUCGUCGUCAUAAUCGGCGGGGUAUUCGUCACUGUCCGCAGUUACUCUGGUAGAUUUGGGAUGCAUUUCAGCCUGCCAAAACACAAUUUUUGCCGUCUGACACCACAAUUUAUUGGACGAUUAGAAUAACAGAAUUUAAUUAUAAUUUGUUUUUAUUUGUAUGAUAAAAUAGGGAACUCAUUGAUCUAUAAUAAUUAUUAUACUGUAUAAUGAUAUAGAUUAAUCACAAUCACAAAUUGUUUAUGUGCCUUGUAAAAUAAUUGCCAAUAACAUUCAAACCGAAAUUGUUAUUAAAUGAUUGGCCGGAAAAAUGUCAUUAGUAUUUCAUUCUAAAGCCGUAUAGUAUCACUUUGUAUGAAAGUAAAUUGUGUUGCGUCAUCGGUGCCGUUGUAUAUACCCAAAUGAGAGACAUCGUUAUUAUUUUGUUUUUGUACCACAGAUUCCUAGUUCUUUUUUAGGGAGGACAUUCUUUGAGAUUCCAAACGGUUUAGUAUAUUUCAUAAUAAUUUGUAAAAAAAAACCAAGGAAAACGGGAAAAUAUUCGAAAAUAAUGUUUACAUGAUUUUCAAUGUUGUUCCUUGUUGUAAUACAGUUAUACACGUUCGUAAAUACUUGAAAUUUGGACAGAAAACUUAUAUUUACUUUUCUAAACGUAUUAACUUUUUAAAAAUAUUUAUUUAUCAAUUUUUGUUAAUUUUUAAAUUACUACAACAUUCAGCGGUAAUUCAAUAACGCUCGUUUUUGAUAUUAUCAUACUUGUUAAAUUCCUAACCUCAAAAACAUCUAACCGGCAGUGCUCUUUAAAAUGCGGUGAAAGUUUAAAAUUAUAAACUUUCUGCCCAAAUCAGCGAAACCAUUCCAGUUGGUUUAUCGGCAAAAUUUUGGCCUUAUCUCACAGGUUAUACGGUUAUAAUACGCUGAUAAAAUAUUUGAUGGGUAACAUAUUAUAUUUUCACGUUAAAUUUGAUAAAAUCCAGCGUUUAUACUAUCAGUUAUUACGUUUGUAUAUGCAUUGUUACUUUUUUUUUUUUUUUUUAAUAAUUUAGCAACUGCCAACGGUGAAAGUUUCUUAUAUUAGUUAUAUAUUAAUCCCAUGAGGGUUAGUACGUAUAAUACAUAAAUGCAUAAUUAGUAUAUGAUCGUUUGACUGGAAUAGCUGGAAUACUCUUUUAAGUUGUCUUUGGGCACCAACAAAAUUUGUAGCGUUAUCGAAUUGUGUAACAGAACUUCGACCUCGACGAUUAAAAAAUCGAUUUAAUGCUUGUAGAAACGUUUUCGUAGUCAAAUCGCUAGUUUAUUCGAUGUGGACUGCCUUCAUCGCAAAAAAAAAAAAAAACAAAUAUUCCUACGUAUUUCUUUGAACAUUGAGCCUUUCGACGUAGACUGGAUCUAACUAUUACGGGACAGUAAAAUCGACGUCACAACAUUAAAAUGGUCGACUUUGCGCCACCCGAUCACCAGGUAAGCACCCAUAAUUGGUUGUACGAUGAGCGGUUUUUAUCUGAAACACGUAAUACACUUAUGCACGGUAUUUCGUGUGAUAUUACGCAUUUUCAACGGCCACUACUGCUAGCGAAUCGAAACUAUGAGGGCUUACGGUCUACUACGCAACAGUUCUAAAUGCUUGCGACGAAAUAACAAUCGCAGGAACGCAUUGUCGCCAGGUAGAACUAUCGGAUUUCGCUGAUCCACAUCUAAUGCCGUAGCAUUUUUCAAAUGGCCGCUAAUACGAAAAAUUUCAUUCUUAUCAAUAAACGGUCACAGUCUUAAUUAUUUGCUCGUCGUUGCGACUUGCGUACCUUUCCUUAAGACUUUGAUCUCCCUUCUGAAGUGUCCCCGCUGUAUCAUUUUAACUAAUGAAAUAUUUGCGUAUUCUGUUUCGGCUUCUUGCAGCGGUCCUUGAUGACCUUGUUUUUCCCCCUUUUAAAAUUAUUUCGCCAACGCAAAUAAUAAGCCGUGAUACGUACAAUUUUAUUUAAAGACGAUCGCUUCGAUAACAAUGGAUAAUCGCUGUUGGUUGUGCAAGCAAGACUAUGAGUGCGUUUGUGUAGCAUGCUUAGACACAUACGGUGCUAAUGCUAACGCUCACGCUUAUGAACGGUUCGUUUGGAUACAUAGCUAAAUAGCAUUGCUAGGUGGAUCACAAGACGAACGCAAAUGUAAGCAUAUUGAUUGUACUAUCAACGCAGUAAUCAGCUGUUUAUUGUCAUCUCUAGGUAUUAUAAUUGUAACGACUGGCGAUGUUAUUUUAAAAAUUGUUAAAAUGUUAUGUACUUUAAACAUUUUCAUUUCUAUAAAUUUAUAUACAAAGCGUAGUCUAAACAGCGUGGUCGUAUUCUUUGGUUAGGUUAAUUUAGCAUAGAUUUACCAAGAAAAAAAACAUCUGACCUAUGUACAACCGUGUACAUGGGUCUCAAAGAGAGGUUAAACUAUUUUUUUGAUCAAACCUAUGCUAAACUAACCUAACAUUGCAUUUUGUAUAAACCUAGACUAAACUAACCUAAGCCCUAGGGCGUUCAAGGUGUAAUUUAUUUUAUUUUAUUUUUGUAAUUUAAUGUUUAUCUAGAUUAGUUUCUCGAUAAGAAAAAUUUACUUAAAGAAUUUUUAAAAUAUAUGUACGUAUUAUAGUUUCUAAUUAUUAAUAAAAUAAUAAAAUAAAAAAAAAAGUUAUUAAAUUAGUUAAUACUGUUAAAUAAAUAUUAUGAUAAGUCAAAAUGUAAAACGCUACUGAAUAUAAAAACUUAAAUGAAGGAAUACAUAGAAAAAAUUAUACAAAUAAUUAAUUUUAAUACGAGAGACUAUUUAAAAUGGGUUAUUAUUAGACAUAAAUAUGUUAAGAAAUAUGAAUUAUUUGGUUAUUAUUUAUAAUCUAAAAUGUUAAUUGUCUAAAAUAUUGAUGUAUUUUGGAACGACUUUAAAUGUCUUACAAGUUUUAUUUUUAUUUAAUUUUUUUUUCUAAUUAUUGUUUUAAAAUUGUAUUACUAAAAACUUAAUCAGUUACAUUAUGGGUCACACAAGCCGAUUAGACAAAUGAUUAUAAAAAUGAUCCGUCAUUAUCCGUUUACAAUCGGAACAUAGAAUUUUCGAAUUAUCUAUAUUUUUUUAUUCCGAAAGUAAUCGAGAUUUUCGCAAGGGAAUGACAUUUAUUUCGACUUAUCAAAGUUUUUGGUUUGUCCACUGUACUCGUACUUGUAAUAAUAUUAUAGAUUAUAUUUUAUGUUGAAUAAUAACAAGUAGUUAACGAAGUAUUUAGGCAGGUAUAGUAUAUACGUCAAACUGUACGCACAAUAUUUUAAUAUUGUACAAGGGUGAAGCUAGGUAAUACAGCUGAUGGGUUAUAGUGGAAAAAAUAUUUAAGAAAUUACCAAAAUGAUUCGCAAACUACAUUGUCGAAUUGAUUUAUUGAAAUUAAUUACAAAUUAAGCAUAAACGAAAAAUAAGAACAAAUGAUGAAAUUUAAUUUCAAGAAUAUAAGUAAAUCGAUAUUUUCUAAAGGGAGGAAUCGAAAUUAAUACCAUAGAUUCUCACCGCAAUGAACUUUAUUGCCAAAAAGAGUCCACAUGCUGCAACAUUUGAAAAAUAAGACCAUAAAUCGUAUCAGUCGGUCGUUCGACCUGCAUUACAAUGAAGAUUGCAUGUUUCUACAAACCUAUUAUUUACUUAAACUAAUUCGUAUAUCUACAUUUAAUUUUAGAUUCUGAGUAUGGCGAAGAAUGCAUUGGUUUUCCUAAGAUGUUUAUUUUUUUAAAUUUUUUUUUUAUCCUGUGUACAAAAACUCGACCAUAAUUCUUGCUAAAAUAUAUACGUGCGACAUUAUUUCUAAAAGGGAAUGUUGUCCAGAUGGUACUUAUGGGUGGUCAUUUUUUUGAUUUUCAAUCGGUUUUCAUAAUAACUAGGAAAAACCGGCAUAAAAUGUUGGAAAAACCGAAAAUGUACGAAAUGUAGGUAUUAGAAAAAAAAUAUUAUGGCCUUUUUUUCCGUGUACAACUUUUCCACCAGCAAUUUCGUUCCGAUUUACAAUGAUAACAUUUUUUUCUGAAAGUAAAUCUGACUGGGAAAGUACUUAAGGGAGGUGAUUAUUUGAUUUUUCCAAGAGUUUUCUUAGCAAAUGUGAUAAUCCGGGAAACGACAUUGGAAACCAGGAAAAACGCAGGGAAAACGAGAAAUUCGAUACAAUAUUAAAUACAUUUUAUUAAAGAAAAUAUAUAAUGCCUGUUUGAUUAUUUUACCAUAAUAUGAUAUACAUAUAUAUAUAUAUAUAUAUAUUGUUGAAAAAGCAUCACUAUCAACUGAACUGCGGUAAGAGCCUUUUUUUUUUUGUUAGAAAUGGUUUAUUGUUGUUUACAGAUAUACAUUAUAUUACCUAUAAAAGUAGCUGCACCCAUCUCCAUUAUCCUAGGACGUUUUUUUAUUAUUACAAUAUUACAUAAUUGUGAUUGAUAUGAAUGACUUAAUCCUUCAUCGUCGUACAAUUAUAAUUUUUAUUAUUAUUGUCCUAUAUUUACGUUGAUUUAUCUGCGUAUUGUUCUUAUACUAAUCCAAUAUAAUUAUAAAGGCUUAAUUCUUCGUAAAUUAUACGAGCACGAGAACAAUUUGUGUAUUCCAAUCGAUAAGUUUCGAUUAUUUCACAUACACAAUUACGUGUGAAUAGUUAUGAAAUACAAAACUAAACGAUAAUUAAAAUCGCACGAUUUGAAUUAAUCAAUACAAAUAAUUGGGUAAAAACUGUGGCAGUAUUUAUUAUUUUAUAGCGGGUAAUUAAACUGAUUAUAUUUACGGAUAUAAUAUUCAUAUAUAAAUAAAAGAAAAUAUUUUGAUAACACGAAUUUGUCAGCAACAUCCAUUUAAUAACUUUGAGUUCAUAUCGCAAAAACUAGUUAAGUAAAAUCUCAUUUUUUCAAGUUAUUAAAUUAUACAAAAUCGAGUAAUUGAUAGUAUUGAUUUUUAAUAUUUUAGUAAUUUUAAUGAAUUGUUUUUACAUAUAAUUUAUAAACAACUGUGGUUUUAGUCAGUCAGUCAGUUUCAUUUGGAAACAAAAUUAUGAUAUUUAAUAUGUGCUGGAUUAUUAUAUUAUUAAUACACACGUUUGGUAUGGUUCAUGGAAAUAUCCAUUAUCCAGCAAAAAAACCAGACGGUGAAUGGUGGUCCAACACCAUAAUAUAUCAAGUGUAUCCAAUGUCAUUUAAAGACAGUAACAAUGAUGGUAUUGGUGAUUUAAAAGGUAAAGUAUUAAUGCAUUGCAGACACACAUACACAAAAAAAAUGUAUGCAAGUUUUUCGGAUUUAAUUGACCCCAUUAUAUUUUAUCAAGGAAUUAUUCAAAAGCUUGAUCAUUUUGUCGAUCUUGGAAUAGAAACUUUAUGGGUAGGUCCAAUAUUUAAAUCCCCUAUGAAUGAUUUGGGAUAUGACGUGGAAGAUUUUAAAGUGAUAAAUUCUAUAUUUGGUACGAUGGAUGACUUUAAUGAAUUAAUUUCAGAAAUGAAAAAGCGAAGUAAUUAUUAUUUAUUAAAAUCUCGAAAUUACUGUGUGACGACCAAAAUACUUUCACCGCAAAUCAAUAUUGAAUUUUAUUAAAAAUUUGUUUUAUAGAUCUUCGUCUUAUAACAGAUUUCAUACCAAAUCACUCAAGUGAUCAGUGUGAGUGGUUUCAAAAAUCAAUUAAAAAAGAAGGGAAGUAUACUGAUUAUUAUAUUUGGCAUGAUGCUAAAAAUCAAAUCGAAGUCUUAAAAAAUUCUUCAGUAACGCCAAUACCUCCAAAUAAUUGGGUAAUAUCUUUAUAUUAAAAUUCUAAAACCUAAUAUUUUAGUAAAAUGUCCCGUUUUCCAACGUUUUUCUCGGUUUCGUCCAAUUUUUAGGAAAAAUAAAAACAACAUCAAAAAACAGAUAUCUUAUCCAGAGGUUGGGUUUGCAUUCGGAAAGGACGCUUUUCUUGAAAUUCGGAACAACAUUUCUGUUAAAGAAAUCUGUAAUUUAUUUUAAAUUGUGAAUUUGUCAAUGCCUUAAAUUUGUUAAUUUUUAUUUUACACCUUUUUCCGAUUUGUUAAACUAUAUUAAAAACUGAUUGGAAAAUCAAAAUUAUCUUAUUCACCAGCAAGAUCCAAAAUUAAAUACUUGAUUGGAGUACAAUUUCUAGAAGAGAACCUAAACCGGGAAAACUUAAAAUAAUAAAAUCGGGAACACCACGGUGUGCUUAUCCAUUUUUUCCAUCAUUUUUUUUUCAAUUUUUAUAAGCUGAUUUAAAAUUUUUGGAAAAUCAAACAAUUGCCCGUUUAAAGUACCUUCCUAGUGAAAUUUCCUUUUAAAAACAUUGUUAUCAUUAAAUGUUGGAGAAAAAUUGCUAGUAGUAAAGUUAUGCACUGAAAAAAACAGUAAUAUACAAAUAUAUUUCCUACAUUUUCCCGUUUUUCCUCUGUUUUUUUCACUUUUUCAAAUUUAAUGAGGAAAUCGAAAAUUGAUCAUUUUAAAGUACGUUCCUUGUGAAAUUUCUGUUUAGAAAUAUUGCUGUCAUUAAAAGUUGGAACAAAAUUACUGGUAAAAAAGUUGUUCAUAGAAAAAAAAUCGUAAGAUAAUAUUUCUUAUAUUUCGUAAAUUUUCCCAUUUUUUUUUAGAAUACCCCCCCCCCACGCCGAUUUUCUUUCUAAAUAGGUUCUAGACGUAGAAAUCCGAGCAAGUCUUCUGGUAGAAAAGUUGUGCACAUAUAAAAAAAAAAAAUCUUUGUAGAAUUAUAGGAUUCUUCGCCCACUCCGAAUCUGAAAUGAAAUCUCCCUAUCAAUAUAACAGAUGAACAAAUUGAGAGGAGAUCUUGAUAAAAAUCAACUAAAUUUUUUUCUCAGUUAUAAAUUUAAGAAUACCUUUAAGGGGAAAUUAGUCAAACAAUAGUCUAACUAGUUAAAAUAAAAAAAAUAUUUACGACACGCCGUAGUGUUAGAGGUUUCAUUAUCUUCAAUUUGUGAUUUUGUGUUUUUUUAUCAGAAAUAUUGCUCCGAUCAAAAAUUUACAUAGUUUUGAUUUUUUCCUUAUAACUAGAAACUGAAUUUCUAUGUUUUUACAUAUUUUUACUGAGAUCAUGCAUAUUUAAUUGGUUAAGCUUUCUCGACGAUUUAUUUAUCUAGGAACCGGUACACUAGAUUUUUUAGCGCAUCAAAAAGAAUAUUUCGAGGUUAAAGCUCAUUUUGUGCAAAAAACAUAUUUUAGGAAAUAUUUCGACAUUUUGGGGUUUAAUUUGAAUAAUUUUUAAAAAAUCAUGAUUCAUGACGAAAUGACGCAAAACAAUAUUGAUAAGAAAAUAAAUUAUAAAUUAUUCUCUAGAUCUCUUACUGAUAUCAUUGAUGUCAGUAAAUAUAAAUUCAUAUUGACUAAAAAAGAACUUACAUGUCUCCAGAAAACAUGGAGCAGUAUGUGGUCAUAAAUUGUUUGAAUAAUUAAUAAUCAUCUGUUAUUCAUCUAUUUACAAUUAUUUUGUAUUUUUAUUAUUUAAAACAUAUUAAUAUUUUUAUUUAUUAUGGUUUGUUUGCAUUUUUUAUAAAAACAAUAUUUUAUCAUAAAAUAAUAUUUUUACAUAUAAAAGAUUAUUUUGAUGAAAUUAUAGUGCAUAGAAAUAACUUAUUUUUAGGUUUUUAAGAACAUAUAAAUCAGAUUUCUAUAAUAUAAAAUCACUGAAAAUGAAAAGGUCUUUUGAUACUUAAAAUAGUUUUCAUAAUAAUUGAAAAAAACUAAAAAAUUAAAAUAAGUUUAUAUUUACGGUAACUUAUGAGGGUGUGGAAACAUAACUAUUGACGGGCCUCUGAAUAAUACUAAUUUUAAAGAUAAAAAGUAAUUUUUAAACAAUGGAUAAUAAUAAUAUGUACAAUUUUAUAAACAGCUAAGUAUAUUUGGUAAAACUGCAUGGUUUUGGCAUCAAGAUCGCAAACAAUUUUAUUACCACCAAUUUAAUUAUAAACAACCAGACUUUAAUUUGAGAAAUCCCAGAGUUCAUCAAGAAUUUUUUGUAAGUAUAAAUAGUAUAAAGAAAUGUUUGUAGAAAAACCAUAAAGAAUUUUCAUAAGAAAAAAAAACUUAAAGAUUAAAGAUCGUUUUUUUUUAAGGACAUAUUUAAAUUUUGGUUGGAUAAAGGCAUUGAUGGAUUCCGGUUUGAUGCUUUAAAACAUUUAUAUGAAUCCGAAUUAUUACUCGAUGAACCAUAUUUACCAGGAAGAGAAGGUUUUCUCAACUAUAGCGAUCAAAUUCAUACAUAUACCGUAGAUCAACCGGAAGUCAUUGAUAUUAUUGUAGAAUGGCGAGCUUAUUUUGAAGACUAUAUAAAAAGCAACAAUUUGUCAUAUUCUAAGUAAAUAAUCUAAAUGUGUACUUUUACUUCAUUUCCAGUUAAUAAGUUACCUUACCUUUAUAUUUAUUAAAAAUAAUAUGGUUGGUUAAUCAGUGGCGUACCCUGGGGGGAGGGGAGUUUCGGAGGCUUCAGCUUGAUGGCCGUAUCAAUUUACAAAAAAAUAAUAUAAAUUAUUAUAUAAUUAUGCAUCGAUAACAUGUUUCCAAUCAAAUAGUAAUCAUCGUGUUACCUAUUUACCCAACGAAGUCCAAAUAAUUGUUCAAUACAAUUAUGUUAUUUUCAAAAUUAUCUCAAUAAAAAGACAAAUACAGAUAAAUUAUUAAGACAUUAAGACAUAUUUUUAUUGCAUCAUCAUUUAUAGAUUUUAUUAACUAUGAUUAAAUUUCAUCCCCUGUUGAAAAUGCUUGAGUACUUCUCUGCAUAGACAUGAUAAGUAUGAUAAGAUUAAGAUUACUACAUUUGUUUUCAUUAUACGUAGUACUUAGUGGUAAAAAAAAUAAUAAUAAUAAGUGCAAUGAUGAAUUUAUUUAUUUUUAUUUGUAAUUCAAAAUCAAAUAUUGAAGAUAAUCAUAAAUUGUAUAGCCUUCAAAACAUGUAUAACCAAACAUCUCUCUGAAUCGUUUCUCGUCAGCAAUGGUUUAUCGUUGGUUACAUGUAUAAAUUAAAUAAAUUAAUAUAUCCGACCUUUCUAACUAUUUAAUUUAGUAAAUCCUCUAUUUAAUGUAAUAAAUAUUUAAAUAUACCUAAGUUCCGUAUUUUAUCAUACCAAAAAUAAUUUUUCCAUAACAGGUUCUUUUUUUCCUUUAUCGUCUAAUCGUCAGGGAUGAAAAGUUCUAGAUCCUCCUUUGCAGUAUACUGUAUAGAUCAAUCGUCUAUAAAAAAUAUUUACAUGUUUUAAAGGCUUAUUGUAACAGAAUCGUAUUCAAAAACGGAAAUAUUAAGGCAAUAUUAUGGAACUUCGUCUAAACCUGGAGCACAACUACCAUUAAACUUUAAUUUAUUGCUGUCAGACAGAACAAAUCAAAUAAAAUCCAUUGAACAUAUCAUACAAGAUUGGCUAAUGACAAUGCCCGAAAACACUGUUCCCAAUUGGAAUGUAUGUAUCCAAAAUGUUAAUGAUGUAUUAAGUUUACCUAAUAUUGUUUUGCAUAAUCAAAUAAUAUAAUACAAAUUCAUGUUGUGAGCUAUAAUAUUUUAAUGUAAAAAAAUUCAAUUACAAUGUCUAAAUAAAAUGAAUUGUAAUAUAACUAUAAAGACAAACAUAUUAAAAUUUAAAAACUAUUUUUUUAAAAAUUAGAUUGAAAAUCAUGACAGACCGAGGAUAGCAUUAAAAUAUGGUGCUGAAGCAGUACCGUUAUUUACCGCCCUGAAACUAGCUCUUCCUGGUGUUGAUAUAACAUAUUAUGGUGGUGAAAUUGGCAUGGAUAAUACUUACGUGAGACCAGAUCAAAGAAAAGAUCCUAAUAACGCAGGGGGUGCUGAGGCAGACCUAACGAGAGAUGGUGAAAGGACCCCAAUGCAAUGGGAUGAUUCAAUAAACGCUGGUUUGUAAAAAUUAUUAUACAAAUAUUAUAAUAUAUAAUUUUUUUUUUUUUUUGAUUAUUAUUAAAUCGCAAGGCUAUAAUUUAAUUAUUUUUUAGUUAAUUUUUAAUAUUAAGGAAUUUAAAAUAAACCAUUUUAAAUAUAAGAAAUAAUCGAAAUAACUUUUUUAUUUUUAGUUGUAAAGUAAUAAAAUAAAAAAAUAUAAAAAUUAUAUAGCGUAAAGCACUAGUAAUUAUUACAAAAACAAAAAGAGCUGAUACGGGGAACAGGUGUAACCACUUUUGUAGGUGGGUAAUUAGGGAUGUGGGAUACAUAAAAUUAUUUAAAUUAUAUUUGUAACCAACGAUAAACCAUUACCAACGAAAAACGAUUCUGAACGGAGAUCGGUUAAUAGUAUUGCUUUUUCAAUAAUAUACAUACAAUAUUAUGGUAAAUAAGUAUUAAAUACUGUUCGUAACCAUUCGUAUAGACCAGUAACUAGUUUUGUUCCACAUCAUUUUUAAUUAAAACCAUUUUCGUCAAAAUUUGAUAUUAAAAUUUCUUUAUAAAAAAAAAUACUACAUUAAGCUAAUUUUUUUAACUUUUUGAUCACAAAGUCCAAUUUCUUAUGAACUCUCAACUUCUCUCUUCCUAUUCAUUUUUCAAGCAUUUCUGUUUGGUUUAACAAUUUUACUACAGAGUAGCUACCGAAUAAAAGUUAGGUACAAAACUCGCAAAAUUAAAAUGUCUAUAAAUAGCCCUAAAUAACUAUAAAUAAUGGUUUUUUUUUUUUUUUAGAUCAUGUUUAGAAAAGAAAAAUAUAAGUUUUGUAUCAAAAUUUCAAGUCUCUAUGAACUAGUAUAAGUUCCCAUAGGCCCCCUUCGAAGAAACACCAAUUAAAAAAAAAAAAUAUUUAAAAAUAUUAGUAUUUGCAGCUCUAAAUAAUCCGUCGAACAUGGUGGGACACACUGUAUUAUGGAACUCCGCUUAUAAUCGUUUUUCUUUUUUCAUUACUUUCCCUAAGACCUACCUACGACAUCGACAUCGACCACACAUGAAAGAUAAAUAAUAAAUCUGUUAUUUAUACAUAUUUAAAUGUUAAAUAAAGGAUUCACAGAAGCGAAAAAACCGUGGUUGCCAGUAAAUCCAAAUUACUACAAAAUCAACGUCGAGGCACAGAAAAAAAUACCAACAAGUAAUUAUAAUUUUUACAAAAAAAUGGUUCAAUUACGAAAAACGGAUACAUUAAAAUACGGUGACUUGAAAACCUAUAACGUUUCAGAUUCAAUUUACNAGGAAGUUGUUUUGUCUAAUAUCGUUGAUAUUUCCAAUGAUAAACUCUACGUAUAUUUAAGGAGCGCAAAUGCAUUGUGCAGCGAAGGGUAAUAAUAAUUUUUAGAUUUUUAUUUUAUUUCUUUACAUACCUAGAUAAUUUUGAAUAUCAAUUUUAAAAUUAAAUAAUUCAUUGAAUUACAUACCAUCGUGGUUUUUAGAAACACCGUAUUGAUUAAUUCUCCUGUGAAACCAUUGAUCAUGCGACCACAGUCUGUAGUUGUAUUGACGGAUAAAGAGAUUUCUGCCGACGAUCCAACGGAAGCUAGUAGUACUACCCGAAUUUGUUCUAAAUUAUUAAUUACAUUAUGUACAUUUUUCUUUACAAGAUUUUUAUUAUAAAUUUAUAUAAGUAAUUGUUUUGUUUUGUUUUUUUAUUUUCUGUACAUAUACUAUCAUUAUUGUACAUGUGAGCGGCAAUAUAAUUUUGUAUUCCAAAGAAAUAUUUGAAUCACAUAUAGAAAUGGACCAGCUUCACAAUAGUGUUGUGUGAUUUUCAACAAAUAUUUCCUAAUGGUCUUUGAAAAACGUGAAAGGAAUAUUACGAAACCGAUAACAAUGUAAUAAUUAUUUUAUCGUUCAAUGUGAUAUGGCAUUAAAAGUUGGGUAACCGUUUAUUUAAAUUGUUACACACUCAACAUCAAUGUAAUAUAAUAGUGUUAAUUUGAAUUGUCUUGAUAAACAAAAUAUCUUAUCAAUAAUACCGAUUGGUAUAAUAAUUUAAUUCUAUUAUUUCUUAGAAGACAUCCAAUUAUUUAGAUUUAUAAUUUGUUUUUUUCUUUUCGUAGUUUUGAACAACUUUUCUACCAAAAUCCUGAUACAAUCAAAAAGCGACAAAAGAGCCAUUUUGGAUGGUUUUGAAAUCAGUUGGUAUAUUAGAGAAGUCAU